CACCUUCAUCGGAUAGGCAAAGAACUGUCCCCAUACUGCACACAUUGCCCAGAAGAAUCAGCCCCUCACUUCCUCCUGGACUGCCAACACUACCGCUGUCAGAGACACACAUUGACGAACGCAUUAGGGCGCAAGGCUUCCUCCCUCUCCUACCUUGUAUCGGAUCCAAACGCG